AUGAAUGCUCUUGUUCAAGCCAAAAUUUUCAUCUUUUCGACUCUCAGAUCUCCGGGACGCAACUCCCUCUGGCCAGGAGCGAGUAUGCAGGCUACUCGGCGCCCUUCGAGUGUUGGUUUAGGGCUAGACAAUAAAUCAAUUGAUGCUCACACUCAGACUACUGCACUUCUGAGUCGGCGGAGUAGUGUGCGGCAAAAGACAGUAGCCCAUCGUCGGCCAAGUGCAGUUUCUUUGACUCCAUUCAGUUUACGCAUGGGCAAUGUGGCACAGCCACGCAUGUCUUUGGCAGCAACCACUACGAUGACGCCUUCUGGAGUUAAAUUCGAUUCAGGACGCAGUGGAUAUUGCGAGAUUUUUUUCUGCUUCUGUCAUCGUAGCUAA